AUGCCGAUCGAGCCUCUUAGUAUCACAGCAAGUGUGAUUGGCAUCACUCGUCUCACAUUCGACAGCUGUAAAACCCUCAACGACACGAUCAAGGGAAUCAAGCGCGCGCCGAGCAAACUAAAGGAUCUCGAAACGUCGCUCGAUGCAUUCCAGAAAGUGAUCAAACCCUUCGAAGAAGAUCUCGUUAACCGUGAAGACGCGGCUCUCUCGCCGGACCAGCUGGCCAAUCUGAGGGCGCUGGAGCCUGUGAUGCUCUACUGCAGGGACAUCUGUAACAAAUUUACGAAGAGAGUUUCUGAGCUCACCUCACACUCUGACGAGAAUCACAUGGCCUGGCGGGAUCGGCUUCGGCUCAACUUCAAUGACAGCGAGAUCCGCCUCCUCAAAGAGAAUUUGGCGCAAUGCCAGCGGACCCUGAGUGAUGCCUUGGGGUUUGCCAAUCUGUGA